CGCCGCAGCAGGGUCCCUGGGAGGCGGGAGAGCUGCAGGGGCAGUUGCACAAGCUCCGUUCCGCCGGGGCCGCGGCCACGUCCCUCCUCCGGACAACUGUCCUCUGCGCGGGACGCUGGCACUCCAAGUUCCCGUUAUCAAACAGCCUUGCAACGGCACCGGCCAGCUCCUUCACGAAACGGCACGCUGACGUCUAAGGCUUUCCCGUGAGCGGCCGGGGCUUGCCGGUGCCAGCGAAUGGCUCCUGCCGGCCGCGCCCCGCCGCCAGCCGUUGCCGGCCGCGGGCGGAGCGGAGGCGGGCGGGUUUGAAAGGGAGGCGCCGGCUGCCAUGUAAGCGCUGGCCGGGAGGCGCCGCGGCCACCCGUGGCUGAGCUGGGAGCGGCCAGCGCUCCGGCCCGGCGCUGCCGCCCUCGCUCCGGGCAUGGGAGCAGAACGCGGCGGCCGGCGAGGAGCGGACCUGCCGCGCGGCGCUGACCGAGCGUGGGGGCGGCCCCCAGGGAGCCCCCGGCCCAUGGCCUUCAUCAUGAUGAAAAAGAAGAAGUUCAAGUUCCGCGUGGAGCUGGAGCUGGACGAGCUCUCCUCCGUGCCCUUCGUUAACGGCAUCCUCUUCUGCAAGGUGCGGCUGCUGGACGGGGGCAGCUUCAGCGGAGAGUCUUCCCGGGAGGUUGUACAGGCAAACUGUGUCCGCUGGAAGAAAAAGUUUUUAUUUAUGUGUAAAAUCAGUGCCAGUGCCACAACAGGGAUUCUGGAUACCUGCAUUUGCAGAGUUUCUGUACGGAAGGAGUUAAAAGGAGGAAAGGCAUAUGCAAAGCUAGGAUUUGCAGAUCUAAACCUAGCAGAGUUUGCUGGGUCAGGAAAUACCACUCGUCGCUGUUUACUGGAAGGUUAUGAUACCAAAAAUACAAGACAGGAUAACUCCAUUCUCAAAGUUUUGAUCAACAUGCAGCUAAUGUCCGGAGACCCAUGCUUUAAAAUGCCUCCUUCCACAGCAAUGUCUCUACCAAUUGCUGGAGAAUCAGAAUCUUUGCAUGAAGAUAGGAAAGGUGGAGAAAACCUAAAAGCUGUACAUCUGGGAAUAGCAGAUGUCUCAACAAAGAGUGCCUCAGUCCCAGAUGAACUUGGUGCAUGUGGACAUUCCAGGACAUCGAGCUAUGCGAGCCAGCAGUCAAAACUGUCAGGGUAUAGCACAUGUCACUCUAGAUCAUCCAGUCUGUCUGAACUCUGCCAUAGGAGAAACACCUCAGUGAGUAGUACCUCAACAGGAAUUGGAAGUAUUCUGGAACCAUGUGAAGAGACUGAGCCAAAAGUUACUGAAGCUAAUAUUGAUACAUCUGUUAAAGACGCACCAUCAGAAAAACUUUGCAGACAUCCUGUAAAGCAAAACUCUGUCGAGUCAGAGCUGAAGAGGGUUGAUGCUACCAGAGUUGAUGCAGAUGAUGUAGUUGAAAAAAUACUCCAGAGUCAAGACUUCAGCUUAGACUCAAGUGCAGAAGAGGAAGGUUUAAGAUUAUUUGUGGGCCCUGGUGGAAGCACUUCUUUUGGAAGCCAUCAUCUACCUAACAGAGUAGGAUCUGGAGCAUAUGAGCAGGUGGUGAUAAAACGCUAGACUAAAAGGACAGACAAGAGGAAAACUUACUCUGAGCUCUGACAUCGAUACCUCUGGCUUUGUUUGCUCUGUUGCAAGAAUUGUGAAAGUCCAAAUAAACUCCACAUGAUCUUUUUUUGAAAAGUAAUGGAAUGCCUCUUGCUCGUAGAGCUUCAUCUCCUGUGGUAUGAAGGCAACGUUUAGCUACGGAUAUUUUGUGUGAGCAAGGACUUGGACUGCUUUUGUAAGCUCUACCUGAUGUUAGUAGAAUUAUUUGCUUAUUGUGCGAAAUGGUUUUGGAAGCAUGAUAAAGUGAGUCCCAUUUCAGUAUUUUUAACAUAUCACUUGUGAUGAUGUAUUUUGUUCUUAUCUUAUUAAGAAGCUUCUGGAAAUUGUUCUUAAAUGAACCUGAGAAAAUUAAUUGCUCGGUUUCAUCCUACCUGUCAUUUUAGUCUUACAGAAGAUAACUACUUCUAUCCUGUCAAAAUUAAGGCCCACAAAAAACUGCCCAACUACGUUUUAAUGGAACCAAAACUUUCUCUUAUGAGUGCUGAGCAUAAUUUAAUUGUAAGGUCAAACAGUAGAGGUGAACUUCACAUGCAUUAAAAAAAACCCCAAAGCCUGAACAAAACAGGUCUAAACAAGGCAGGAAUCAGUUGUGUUACCUGUAAAGGAAGGCUUAAAUGCAUGAAAUGGGACGUGUGUGCAAGUGACAAAAGAAGUGGGACUCCACAUCAAAAUACUACAGCAUGGUAGUGUAUUAUCAAGAAAGCCGGACUGUUUGUUAUAUCUGGAGUUCAAAAGCUGCUUCCAUAGAAAUUAACUCCAAUUGUGCAUGAACACUGAGAUUUAAUGGGAUGGUACUUGGAUGUUUACAAAUGUAGUAAGUAGUUUACUACCACUUUUUAUUGUAGCUUAAUCCUUCACAGUUAGUGCUUUGCUUGUGUUCUGAAUGUGCCUUGCGUAACUGGGGAGGUAUAAGGAAACAAAACUAUUUACUAAUCAAUUUAAGCUUUAAAACUAGAUAAACUUCUAUACUAGUAUCAAUAUAAUUUAAGCACUUUAUUGUACAUGUCCUCUGCACUCUGAAAAGUCUUACUGUCCAACAGAUUUCAACUUCUUCCUUCAUUAUCUGUCCACUGUUAAAUUAAGGUCAAUGUACUGUAUUCAAACUUGCACAAAGGCGAGAAACAUGACAGAUCUCUUAAAAUUCUCAUUGAGAAUUAUGAAAGAACCCAUUUUUAAAGGGAUAUGUUAGGUGGUAUAGUUCUAAUUCAGGCUUGGCUCUGCUGUAUUUAAUUGUAAACUGCAAAUUACCUUUUUUUAUGCUUAGUUGUAUUGUUUACCAGUAAGGCUUGGAUUAAACAAAACCACAAAUCAUACGGCCAUUUUUGGAAGCUUCAAAUUCUGUUCAGCGUGAUGUCUGACACCCUUUUAUUGAAGUAGAAGUAGGCCAGAUCUAAUAUGUUAAUUAGGAAAAGCAGUCUUUGUUUUCCAUAAAUCCAUAGUAGAGUUAUUAACCUAAUAUUUAUUUGUGGUUUUAUAGUAAGUUUAAGAUAUUAAAUCUUGAGUACUGUUAUUGAGUAUGAUGAAUAGAAGCUAUUUCUCAGUUACGGUACUUAAAGACUUUUAUUUCCUACUGUUAACUGUAAUCUCUUUCAAGUGUUUCAGUGGGUAUAAGAAUUAAUACAAAGAUGACAUUUUAGCUGCUGUUAACACAAGUGUGGUAUUAUGUAUGUCUGUCCUCUAUAGGAAUCUUAAACGGAAACUACAUAACUGCUAGUAUACAUUUCUCUCUCAGAAAAUUAGUUUCCUUUCCUGUUAUGUAACUAAUUUGAACUAAAAAAUAAUCCUGCUAGCCAAAAGAUGUAUAAAAUUUGAAUACAUUUGUUCCUUUCCGUACUCUUUAACACUGCUAUGCGUGUUGACAAAUCUAUUAAAGCCAGUAGAAAUUAGACAGUAGCUUACUUAGGUUUACUUGGAAAAAUAAGCAUCGUUUGAAGAAAACAAAACUUUACAAAGCAUUGUACAGCUACUUAGACGAGUCUUGAGGGAAUAGCUCAGAUUUGUAUGUUAUGUUAAAAGACACAGCUAACUGCCGUAGAUGAGAUGUUUGUUUACUAGAAACCAAAUAUUUUCUUGCCUGAGCAGAUAUUUUAAAUAGGAGGGACGUUUACAUGGAAAUCAAGCUUUUAGUAAAACUGUAUUCUAGUAAUUUAUUAUGAGUCAGCUCUUUGAAGAAAUUCUGUAAUUUAUGCAUAUUCUAAGUGGAAUGUAGCCUUCCUAUUUAGAGGUAGUAUCUGCUUUUUUGUAAACUGUGCUAUAAGAAUAUUGGGGACUCAUAUAGUAAACUGUUCAGGAUGUGUUGGUGGUUUCAUUGUGGCUUGGGUUUUUUUUAACUAUAUUUAAAUGCAAACCUCUCAGACAUUGAAUAAAUUCCUGUCUUCAGCUUGGAA